GUCCACCACCCAUCGAGAUCUGAGACCCUCACUCUUUUUUUGCUUUUCUCUCUCUCUCUCUCUUAACUUCAGCUUUCCUUUUCUUUACUUUGCCACACGCGUUGCACGCGAAGUUGGCCCCCUCACACUCCUCGACAUACACCACUCAUUUUCUUGACGAUCCUUUCAGUACACAAUGACUCUAAAGUUGCUUGUCGUAUCGUCUCUCGCUCUGCUAGGCCACGCGCAUAUGGCCGCGUUCCACAAAUCCAUGUAUUGCUUCAACGGAACAGCGUCAGGCCAGGUCAAUUAUAACAACGACGACCCGGUCAGCCCCCUGUGGAUGCUGAAGACUAGUGACUAUUGGUUUCACCAUUUCAACCGGUGCGACGAUUUCCCUCCUGCGCCAGGAGACUUCCUUGAAUUGCCCGCCGGCAGUUCAUUUACUGUCGAAGUAGCCGCGAACCGUGGCGUAACUUCCCUUUCCUUUGAUGGUCAAUUCGCAACCGAGUGGGGCGAUGGUGGAAAUCACCCCGAGGACUACUCCAUUACAAACUUGGCAGGCGCUCCUCUUACUGAUAGUGGUUGCAUAGGCAAUCCCAAUAUGCAUACACAGAACCAAUCUAUGGCUGCUGGCACUGCAUUCGCAAUCUCUUACGAGUCUGAUAUUAGCAAGGUUACUAUGGACAACCUGGCCGUCUUUACCGUCCGCUAUAACACCCCUUGGAAACGUGUGACAAGCUACGAUGUUCCUCAGGACAUGCCUGCUUGUCCUGCAGAUGGGUGCACUUGUGCUUGGGUUUGGAUUCCGAAUGGAUGCGGCGAGCCUAACAUCUACAUGCAGGGAUUCAAGUGCAUGGUCACCGGUGCCACUUCCACUACUCCUAUCGCCACCCCAAAACCUCCCGUCUGGUGCGAGGAGGACCAGAGCACAUGCACUCAGGGCGCCAAGCAAAUCCUGAUCUGGAAUCAGGCUGAGGGAAACAACAUCGCGGUUAGCGGCUUUGACCAGAGCGGUAGUCCUAAAAGCCCGGCAUACAAUAGCAAAUGUGGGUUCAAGGAUGGAGCACAGAACGAUAUCUUUGCCUCGACUUCAUCGAGCACGUCGAACGCCGUUCCGACAAGCUCCGGAACUUGCCGCCGUAAACGGAUGGUCCACAAGCCCCUCCGUCGUCGUUAUCAAUUUUAA